CCUCAGCCGGAUGCCUCCCCUCAGCCGGAUGCCUCCCCUCAGCCGGAUGCCUCCCCUCAGCCGGAUGCCUCCCCUCAGCCGGAUGCCUCCCCUCAGCCGGAUGCCUCCCCUCAGCCGGAUGCCUCCCCUCAGCCGGAUGCCUCUACCCAGCAUAAUGAACUGAUCCAGCCUGAUGAUCCUAUUAGGCCAGUUGACUCGAUGCCCGCUGUUGAUCCAGAUGAUCCGGUGCCCGCUGUCGUGCCAAUUGACUCAGAGCCCGCUGUCGUACCUGAUGACGCGGUGCCCGCUGGCGAGCCAAAUGACCUGAUGCCUGGUGACCCAGUGCCCGCUGUCAUACCUGUUGACUCGGUGCCCGCAGUCUUGCCAGGCGACUCGGUGCCCGCUGUUCCGCCAGGCGACUCGGUGCCCGCU